ACAAUGUAACAGCAUUUCACAAAGGGGGCGUGGCUUCCGGAUGCAUCUUCUCGCUGCUGGCGCUCAGUUAAAUGCGGAAGACAAACACGGACGGUGCUGGUGCUGAAUCCCGGACGAACUUCCUCAAACCCGAGACAAGUUUCUAAAGGUUUCCUAAAGUUUCAGGUUCAAAAACAUAACCAUGUGGCCAAAUCAAGGACCUUUCCCUCCAAUGGGACCAUCAAACCCUGCCUACCCUCCUGGCUACAACCCUGCGUACCCUGCUGGACCUUCUCCAGGAGUCUUCCCCCAGACUACGAACCCAGUGCACCCACCACCCUACCAAUACCCAGUUGGCCUGAGCCCAGCUGUGGCACCAAAUGUACAUCCAGGGGUGAUGCCGUAUGGAGCUCCAGGACUUCAUCCUUAUCCUAUGGCUCCAGGUGGAUAUCCAGCUGUCCCUCCUGCAGGUGUUCACCCAUGUGCAUACCCACACUCUCCAAAAUGGGGUCACCACAACGGCCACCACAAUGGCCACCAUAAGGGCCACCACAAUGGUCACCACAAAGGCCACCACAACUGCCACCACAACGGUUAUUAUCAUGGAGGGAUGAAUCCCAUGCCUGGAGCAUUAACUGGAGGAUUAACAGGAAUGGUGAUGGGGGUGGUUGGACACAAAGCCCAGAAAAAGAUGAUGAAGAAGAUGAAGAAAGCAAACAAGUGGCACAAGCACGGGCACUACAAAUGUGGCAAGUCCAGCAGCAGUAGCAGUGACUCAGACUGAGGCUAACAGUUCAAGACAUGGCUCUCACAGGAAUGCUGCUUUACAAUCAUGAACACACACGGGUCACUCUUAUCACUUUUUACAGGAUUUCUGGAAAGAUAAAGUAUUUUAUCAUAUCUAGUAUGGGCAAUUUAUGACAUUAGAACUGUAUUUAAUUUUUUAUAUUUUUUGUGAUGCUUAUGUCAAACAUUCUGUAGUAUAAAUACAUACACUAGUGUGCAAACAUUACAUUGUGAGAAAAUGAAAAAAAAAAAAAAUAUAUAUGGGUUUUUAGAUAAACCAAGAGUUUGAGAUGAUACAGGUUUGGAUUUUUAUUUUCCUACUUUCACUGAAGACAUUUUGAUCUUUCGUUUGUGAUCACUCUGUUACGUCUGCAUUACACCUGUUACAUUGAUUUGUAUGGUUAUGUAGCUGAACCUAAACUAAGCAACGUCUAUGUUGUGCAAUACGGCGUGCAUUUGGUCAUGUCACAGUAAGAAAAGCAAAGGUGUAAAUAAUAAAAUUAUAUAUUUCACUAAGCUACUUCAGUUUCGUGGGUCCUGGUAUUGUUCGUGCUGGCUCACUGUCACACGAUUAUGCAACAUUCUUAACUUGAUCAGCUUCAAUAACUAUUAUCUUUACUAUACGUCUUAGUAACAGCUGUGCCUCUCCUACUGUGAAACUGUCUGCUGUCAGAAAGGCUUUUACCUGAACCUGUGACCUGAGCCCAGUCAAUGACACAUCUACACUGAAUGCAGCCGUCGACAUUGUGAAUUGCAGCAGUGCUUUUCACAGUGGUGACUGUCAUGUCUAAAUGCUUGUAUUGGUUUUUAUUUAAUAAUUAAAAAACUGUGCACAUUUAUUGGUUUUAUUAUGUAGCUGAAUCUAAAUAAACAACGUUUUACUGCUAAUCUA